GAAAUCCGGGCUGAAUUUUUCCCGGAGCACUGGGAUGGGAUUUGGGAUCGCUGGGUGGGGAGCAGCUCCCCCCGCCAGAGACCCUCGUGGCAGGGCGUGCUUUGGGAGUGCUGUGGGUGGGGAGGCACCAGGAAUCUGGAGCAAAAAGCAGAAUUCCCUGGGGAUACAGAGAAGGCCGUAGAGAUUCCCGUGUCCCCGGAGCAGCCCUGCCCCGCCCCCGCUCCUCGCGGCUUGUGCCGCCGCUGCAGCCGCUCACUGUGCUUCCCUUCUGUCCCCAGACCUGGCUCAGGGGCACCUGCAGCUGGCGCAGCUGGGCAGAGACCUGGCAGCUGACGGCAGCCCCGUGUCCCCGCCGGAGGGGCAGGGCCGGUCCCCGGUGGCGGCCGUGCGCUACCGCAACCACGGCCAGCGCCGCUUCUCCAUGGAGGACGUCAGCAAGCGCCUCUCGCUGCCCAUGGACAUCCGCCUGCCCCCCGAGUUCCUGCAGAAGCUGCAGAUGGAGAGCCCGGAGCUCUCCAAGCCCCUGAGCAGGAUGUCCCGGCGGGCCUCCCUCUCAGAUAUCGGCUUUGGGAAGCUGGAAACCUACGUCAAACUGGACAAACUGGGAGAGGGCACCUACGCCACGGUGUUCAAGGGCCGCAGCAAACUGACGGAAAACCUGGUGGCGCUGAAGGAAAUCCGCCUGGAGCACGAGGAGGGGGCUCCUUGCACGGCCAUCCGGGAAGUGUCGCUGCUGAAGAACCUCAAGCACGCCAACAUCGUCACCCUGCACGACAUCAUCCACACCGAGCGCUCCCUCACCCUCGUCUUCGAGUACCUGGACAACGACCUCAAGCAGUACCUGGAGAACUGCGGGAACCCGAUGAGUGUGCACAACGUGAAGGUUGCUCCAAGCCCUGUCCAGCCUGGCCUUGGACACUUCCAGCUUUCCCCAAUUCAAUCCACUUCCCUCCAGCUCUGAUCUGCACAGUAAGACUGCAAAUCCUUCAAGUAAAAAUGAAUAUUUUUAACAACACGAGUGCCUGGACCCUGCUUGGCCUUUGCAGGAGCAGCAAAGGGUCAAAAAGGAAUAUAUACAGAAAGAAAGAAAGAAAGAAAGAAACAUAUACACACACUGUAUGAGGGUGAGGGAAAACCUUCCAGGAACUAACGAAGCUUCCCCUGUGGGCUCCCCAGCCCUGUGUGCACUGACACAACAAACAAAAAUGGCUUUAAUUAACUGCCAAAAGCCUGUGUUUUAUGUCCCCUUGCUUGACAACAUUGAAAGAAACAUUUCACAAGAAUUAAGUCCCUUUGGAAAGUCUCAGCAUUUCCUGCUUCCUUUAUUAAUAUUUCAACCUUUUGUUGUUGUUUUAGAGGAAAACAGGAAGCGCGAUCACCGCUUCGAAAAAUUAAUUAAAUUUUUUUGAGAACUUCCCUGUAGAAUCUGUUUGCCAAGCCCUAACUGUACAUUCUUCUCAAUCAGUUAAAUUUUUGCAGGAGAAAACAUGGUGAGUAUAAACUGCAAAAAGAACCAGUCUGAAGUGGGGGCGGUUGAGGAUAAAUCAGGUUCUGGGGGUCUCAGAGUCACGCUCAGGUGAAGGGACAGGAGGGUUGGAAGGCUCAGCUGCAAACAGAAGCUUAAAGAUAGCAGAUCAACUCGUCUUGGCAGAGUUAAGCUCCCCUUUGAAGCAGAUCUAACCACUUAAGCCCAGCCUAAGGUGACUGCAGGCAGGGCAGGGCAGAGGCACUCGCUGGGACUUGCAAGGCUCUGGCUUCGAGGUCAUUAAAAACAUCAACAGGUACCAGGGGUUGCUUUAAAGGAGAAAAAGAUGUUCCCAUCCAGUGCAGAAUCUCGUGGUUUUUUUAGUAUUUCCUCAUGCCUAACAUUCUGUUCCCUGCCUGAUGCAAGGAUGCUGCUGAAACAAAAAUUAAUUUCAAAAUAAAGCUUCAGGCUUUCCCCAGUGAAUUACAAAGAUCCAUUAGCCCUGGAUUUUUGGUGUAAUAGAAACAGUCAAAGGAAAAAAAAAAAAAUCAAACUACAGGAGAACUCCUGAGGAUUUCAUUUGGGGCAGAGCACAGCUGGGGUCGGGCUAAGCACAACCAGAACAGAGCAGCAGAAACGUCCUCGAGCCACAUCACUGGUGCACGGUGACAAUUAAGAGGUGAAGAUCAGCUGGGAGUCAGAGCCAGGGGCGUUCUGCACCUACAAAACCAAGCAAGGUGGGCACCUCUGAGCCCAAAGGCCCUGCAGGAGUUUCCCAGUCAGAACCAGUUGCACAUGGGAUGAAGCAGAACCCAAACCGGACUGUGCUUUCCUCCAGGCUAUAAGGAAGAAACACCUCUGCCACUGCUCCACAUCCUGAUCUGUCUCCAGUCAGGAAAACUCAGGGAUUUUCCUCUCUCUCACCCCUCCAAGAAUAAUUCCAAACCAGGCACUUGACUGAAGGAUGGGGGAACUGGAUCUGACUUUCCAUGGGAUCAGCAUCACAAUGGGGGAAUUGGAUCCACUUCCCAUGGGAUCAGCACCACCAGGACACCCCCAGCUGCCACUGCUGCACCACUCAGGGGCAGGAGGAUUUUACACCACAUUUCUCCAUGUCUUAAAGGUCUUGGCAAAAAUGAAUCUCCAUUAAUCCUAAAGCACUUCACACAACGAGCAUUGUUCUGGCUCCUCCUCUUUCCAGAGGUAAAAAAUAACAUUUUGCCUAAGAACUAAAAUUAUGCUGGUUUAGAGGGGAAAGAAUGAAAUCAUUCACCCCCUUCCCACUGCCCAGGUGGAGCUGGGUGCCAGCUGUGCCCUGAUGGGCAGCUCUGCCCGGAUCCCUGGCUCGGGAAGCAGGGCUGUAGCCAUGGCAGCAGCGGCACAUCCCUGGAUUUUGGCUCCCUGAAGUUGCUGCUGCUUCCCUGCCUCAGCCACCUGCAGCAGCCCAGUGCUGAGCCCAACCUUCCCCCCUCUGCUUUCCACUGGCACAGGGAAGUUUAAAUUACCCUGAAUACAAAUCUGCCUUCAAAGCCCACCAAGAGAUCCAUCAGCACCGGCGUGCAGGGAUGUGCCUCCAGUGGAAAUAAACAUUAUUCCAGUUUGGAGAUAA